AUGUGCGAUAUAACGAUUAUCUCACGAUACGGCGAGAAAGCAGCUAAGAGACAUCUGCUGUCUGAGGAUGUUGUCAAACUACAAGACUUCCAGCGAAGGAAGCUGGCAGUGGCUCAUCUCAUCACAGGCUCAGAUGGGAAUUUCAUUGAAAUGAUCAGCCACAAGCUACAGAGGAACAGCCUGGUUUUGCAAGACGAGCUCAAGCUUCUUCUCCACUUGUGUCAGUCGGAGGAGGACGUGAAGACGGCCCGAGAUGCCAUUUAUAGGUACCAUGCAGAAAACCGGAACAUGGCGCACGGGGAGUUCAGGUUUGGCCCGCUCUUCAUGAGGCUGUGCUACGAGCUGCGACAGGAGCAGAUGGCCGCCGCUACACUUACAGAUCAUGAAAUGAAAGGCUUUUUCAGCGAGUCCACCUCCUUCAACAUCGGCAUAGACAUGUUGUUUAUGAAGGGCUAUCAUGAAGAGGCUCUGGAGGUGUUGGGAACCAUGAGAAGCCAACGUGUACCGUUCAAUAAAGACACACUCGUGCUGGCGUCUGCCGUCUGCUACAAAUUGAACACGACCGAGUCGUACACGAUCUGCACUUCGCUCAUUGACGAGGCUGUAGUGAAAGGGCAUUUUAUCCCCAGGCACGCUUAUUGCUUUGCUGUGGCUUUAGCCCUCAAACAGAAUGACGUUAAAAAGGCUCAGCUGUUUUUUUCACAAAUCAUGACCACAGAUAGCCGACUGUGUCAAAACAUAAAGGUUUUAGUACUGGCGAUGUCCGGGUCAAUCAAAGAGGCCAUUGCGUUCCUCUUUUCUGCGGGCAAACUCGCCAAAAACCUGCCCUUUGUCAGGAAGCCAGAAUUUUCUCACGAGGUGUUGGAUCAGGUGGUCCUGCACAGUGCGAGCGUAGCACAGGAGGCUGAAGCAAAGAAUAUCGUUUCCCAGCUGGAGCGUGCCGGUCAGGUGACGCAGCAGUCUCUGGACGAUAUGUUAUGUCAUACUCCUGCCCCCAAGAGGAAAGUGGCGCCCAUCAUGGAGGAGAGGCAUAUAAGCAGGAGAACAUUGAAGCCACUUCACUCAACACUGCUUUCGGAGUGA